UAUAAAUUAUAUAUUAUACAUAUUAUAUCAAAAGAUAACAGCACAUAAAGUAACUCCAUUUAUAGAUGGAUUUGAAGAUUGAAGAUCAUGAUGAAAAACUAAUUUCAAACAUUAAAGUCGAAGUUGAAGUUGAAGUUGAAGAUAAGAAAAAACAUUAUAUAGGUGUUCGAAAAAGGCCAUGGGGAAAGUAUGCAGCUGAAAUUAGGGAUUCAACAAGGAAUGGAAUUAGGGUUUGGCUUGGAACGUUUGAUACUGCUGAAGAAGCUGCAUUGACUUAUGACCAAGCUGCGUUUUGCAUGAGAGGUCCUUUAACUUGUUUGAAUUUUUCAGUAGAUAAAGUGCGCGAAUCGCUAACAAAAAUGGAAUUUAUCAAUAGCAAAGAUGGAUUGUUUAUGUCAAGUCCAGCUGCAGCCCUAAAAGAGAAACACAAGAAGAGAAAUGGUACUACUUCAUCAAGAAAAAAGAAGAAUAGUAUUAAAGAAGAAAAUGUGUUGAUAUUUGAAGAUUUAGGUCCUGAUCUAUUAGAUGAACUCUUAUCAUCUGAGUACUCAUCUUGUUCAAAUUAAUCUACAAAAAUUUUCACAUUUGUAAGUAAAUCUUGUACCUUUUUUUUUCUUUUCGUGGUUUUAAUUCUAUGUUGCUAGGACACUUCAAAUUAAUAUUGUUGUAUUCGUGUCAGAUUUUUUUAAAAAUACACUAUUUUUAGAGGAUUCAA